AUGAAGACGUAUGGUGUGAAACAUAGGGUUGCAACCUUUUAUCAUCCUCAGACAAGUGGUCAGGUUGAAGUCUCCAAUUGGGAGAUCAAGAGUAUAUUGGCCAAUACUGUUGAUGUAAAUAGGACUAACUGGGCUCGAAAACUUGAUGAUGCUCUUUGGGCCUAUCGGACUGUCUACAAAAUGCCGAUUGGGACUUCUCCUUUCAGAUUGGUUUUUGGCAAAGCUUGUCAUCUGCUAGUUGAGCUUGAGCAUAAACCCAUAUGGGCCUUAAAGAAGCUAAAUAUGGAUAGGGAUAACGCAACUAAACUUCGGUUGUUUCAACUUAAUGAAAUGGAUGAAUUUCGGUAUAAGGCUUACGACAGUGCAGCAUUGUACAAGGAGAGGAUGAAACACUAUCAUGAUAAGAAGAUCUUUGAAAAUGAGAAUUCUACAAGGGUGAUCUGUCCGUAUUGUAUAAUUCCGAUUGCGAAAUUGAAGUUGCUACCGAACAAGUUAAAAUCAAGAUGGUCCGGUCCUUUUGAGGUGGUAAGUGUUUCACCCCAUGGGGCGAUUGAAUUGAAGUCCGGAGAUAGAACUCAGACAUUUAAGGUGAAUGGAUAUGGCUCCACCCAAGUUGACAACUACACGAGGGGUAGUUCAAGGAACACACAUAGAGAAAAGGGUAGAAGGAGGCCUAGUGGUCAACUCACUCUGAGAGAUGAACCUUCGGAGGAUGAAGCUGAGGUUAUGCUAGUAAAGAAGAACAGGGCUGCCGUUCUCGUUUGGAACAGAAAGGUCACAGUACCAUCUCGUUCACCUUCCGGUUCCUCCCAGUCUGAAGAGGAGGGAUCUUCUUCAUCCGUAUCAGGUAAUAGAGAUGCAGAGGAGGGUUUAGAGGCUGCUUUAGAGAUGUUUCACCGAGGGUGA